AUGGUAAAGGCCAGAAAAUCCGGCAACGGCAUCAACGCGCCCGGAGACUGGGACCCCUCCGCGAGGCCUAGUGCAGGCCGCCGCUAUUUAGCACCCUUUAGGAAUGUUUGCCUUGCAGGAGUCCACUGGGCAGACCACGAAUCGAUAGGAAUGGAUUCUGAGUACCUCAAGAAAUGUCUCGGGAAAUGCCUGGCUCGGGGACUAGCAGAGGUGGCAGAACGGCGACCACCAGACCCGAUAGAGUACCUGGCCCACUGGCUGUAUCAUUACAAACAAAAUUUAAAUGAAGACGAAAGAAAGAUGCUGAAGAGGACGAAUUUGGAAUGGGAACGCUCACAGGACCUGGAGGACUUGGAGAUCGUAGAAAAGCUGAAGGCAGAGGAAAUUAAAUCACAGCACAUGCAUAGGGAGCAUCAACAGAAAGGAAACAAAGAAGGCCUCCAGCAAGUUUAUUCCGAAGAAAAAGCAGCAACAUCAAGUCUAGGCGCUUUCACCAGCCAGGGGAAGCAGGAGGAAUCUGGACCACUGAUUGAGGAGGAUGAUAAGCCCGGAUCUUCACAAGACAAAGAAGAGGUGCUGUCAGGCUCCCUUGGCCAGGGAAAUGGUGUUGAAGCCCCUCAAGAAGCGGGGUUUCAGGCCCUGCGUGAGAUCCCUCCAGGUUUCCCUGCUGUGGAGACAAGUAAUCCAGCUGGGAUAAGUCACGAUGAGGUUCCCCAGGUAGUUCUUACUCCAGGAACAAGUUCUCCAACUAGAGUUCCUCAUGAAGAAGGUUCCCAAGGAGUCUCUUCAGGAGGCACAAAUUUCCUGGAUGCAGUGAACCAGGGCCAAACUUCUCAGUCAACUCCUUCAGGAGUGACCCAAGGAAGACUUCCUCAGGAAGCUUCUCUCAAAGAAAGUGAUCCUUGAAGGAAAGUAGUCAGGAUGUACUUUCCCAAAACACUCGCUCUUCUGAAUUAAAUAUUCUUUCUUUGCUUUCUGGUGAUGAAGUCCUACAAGGAAGUCAUCCUGUCAAGACCCCUCCCCUGCCUUUGGUCAGUAGUGACAAUGUUUCUCUGAGGCAGACAGGUUCCUUAGAAAGGCUAAGCAACGAUUAUGUCUAACAGGAAACAGCUCCUGAAGUCCCAGACCGGGAAGCCUACCUUUCACUUAAGGACAGGGCUGAGGUCCUAGAUCAAACAAGCACUUAUUCUUUC